CCGAGAGUGGGCUAGGCCAGACCGGCGCGGAGCUCGCGACCCUCAGCUCGGAAGAGCUUUUUGUAGAAGUUUUGAGGUGCAUUUUCACUGAUUAAAAAAUGACUACUCUUGAAAGUUUAGAAGCCAAAGUCACCCUUACUCCAGCCCCAGUCCGAGGAGCAGGAGAUGGCAUGGAAACUGAGGAGCCGUCUAAGUCUGUUGAAGUGACCUCUGGAGUCCCGCCCGUAAGGCAUCACAUCCUUCAGAAUCCACGGAAGAAAGCAGUUCCAGGCGAGAGCCCAGGAGUCCUUCAGCUCGGGAAGAUUCUCACUGAAAAAGCAGUGGAAGUUGAAGCCAUAAGAAUAUUAGUUCCCAAAGCUGCUAUAACCCAUGACAUCCCCAGCAAGAAUGCAAAGGUGAAGUCUCGGGGACAUCAUAGGGGAGAGCUCCUUGGUCAGUCAGAGGGAACUGUAGAACCCAGAAAGGAACUAUCGGAGGUUAAGAAUCUACUGGAGAAGUUCAAGAACUCUGAAAGGAGGUUACUGCAGGACAAAGAGGGUCUUUCAAACCAGCUCAGAGUACAGACAGAGGUCAAUCGAGAGUUAAAGAAGUUGCUAGUGGCUUCCGUUGGAGACGAUCUUCAGUACCAUUUUGAACGUCUAGCCCGUGAGAAAAACCAGCUUAUUUUAGAAAAUGAAGCCCUAGGUCAAAACACAGCUCAACUUUCUGAACAGCUGGAACGUAUGUCAAUACAGUGUGACGUAUGGCGGAGUAAAUUCCUUGCAAGCAGGGUGAUGGCAGAUGAGUUAACCAAUUCCAGAGCAGGUUUGCAGCGUCAAAAUCGCGAUGCCCAGAGUGCUAUUCAAGAUCUCCUGAGCGAGCGGGAGCAGUUUCGUCAGGAAAUGAUAGCUACUCAGAAAUUAUUGGAGGAGCUCCUGGUGUCCUUGCAGUGGGGAAGAGAGCAAACUUACUAUCCUAGUACACAGCCUUACACCACAGCAGAACUAGCAUUAACAAAUCACAAGUUGGCAAAAGCAGUAAAUGCUCAUCUUCUGGGAAAUGUUGGCACUAACAGUCAAAAAAAGAUACCAUCAACGGUUGAAUUCUGCAGCACCCCAGCAGAAAAGAUGGCUGAAACGACAGAUCCCGUCCUCCCUCAUUCUGGACUCUCCGUUCUUUCACAUUGCAUAGAAAGCUUUUCAAAAAUCGUUAUUGCAUCCCCUCUUGUCAAGGUUCUACGCAUUUUGGAUCCAGUUACCUGUACGGAAAGCUCACCUGAUAAUCCUUUUUCUGAGUCUUCACCAACUGCCUUACUUGCUACAAAGAAAAAUAUUGGACGAUUUCAUCCCUAUACUAGAUAUGAAAAUAUAACUUUCAAUUGCUGCCAUCACUGCCAGGGAGAACUUAUUGUCCUUUAAUACAACAAGACAGCACUCGCUUCUUACCCAAGAGUCAUUAUUAUUUGGGAGCUGGAGUCUUACAGUGAUGUCACUUUCUAUCUCAGUACUGGAUAUCCCCAGCGAUGUUUCAUGUAUUGGACCACAUAUUACCCUUUCUUAAUAAAUACCUCAGGGUAAGAAAAGAGUGAAACUGUGUAGAUAUAUUUAAAGUAGAUGAUACUUUCCUGACAUCCAUGAUGCUUUUCCUAAAGGAUCCUGAAAGAAGAUCCUAUCUUUAUUUUAGGCCCUAAGUUACAUCCUGCCAUGUGUUUAAGAUGAGCAGAUUUCACUGUUAACUCUAAUGCAGGGUGGCUCAUAUGCAGCUACACCCAUUCGCUUACUGUUGUCUGUGGUUGCCGGGCUUGGGUUUUUUUGGGCACCACAGCAGAACUGAACAGAGGCAACAGGGCUUGUGUGGCUGCAAAACCUAAAAUCUCCUAUCUGGCCCUUGACAGGAGAAUUUUUCUGGCCCCCACUGGCAGGGGGAUGGGUGGAGAGCGUGUCCAUUCCCUUUUUGGGGAUUUAUUUUGGACUACAAAGGCUGCUUAUGGAAAUACUAUGGGUGAAGGGACUAAUAUUUUAAAAUUAAAUGCUAUAUGUUAGGAAAAUUAGAAUUAUUUUAUAGCCACAUUAGCAAGUGUUUGAGUAAAACAUAUUCUCGUGUUGGUUUUGUGUGGGGAAUUCCAUAGUUUGGAUGUGACUUGACAUAUAUAAUAAUAGAUUUUACUGAGCUCAUUUUGACAAAUGCAACACAAUAGGACUAUCCAAUUUGAUAUAUAAUGUAGAAAGAGGAUCUUUCUAGAACAUUGUACAAACUCAAGAUGCAAUCCAUCAUUAAUUUAUAUUAAUAUAUGUUAUUAUUUAUGAUGGACCAUCAUAAAACACCCUUUUAUAAGCCUGUAAAAAUAUCCACAAUAUGUUUAUACCAAAUUACCCUAUAUUAGGUACAGAAUCGACUAUCAAAAGAGAAGUCUUCUAAAGACAAAUCUGGUGAAAUAACAUUUUAAUGUCAAUGAUUUUUUUGUCUGAUUCAUCUGAGUUAUACUUUGAAAUGGCAAUAAAUUUCUCU